CCCUCCCGCGCGCCCGCCCGCCGCCCGCCGCUGCCUCCAGAGCUCUGUAGUAUGGCAUCGAGGAGAAUGGAGACCAAGCCUGUGAUAACCUGUCUCAAAACCCUCCUCAUCAUCUACUCCUUCGUCUUCUGGAUCACUGGGGUGAUCCUGUUGGCUGUUGGAGUCUGGGGCAAACUCACUCUCGGCACCUAUAUCUCCCUCAUCGCUGAGAACUCCACCAAUGCUCCCUACGUGCUCAUUGGAACUGGCACCACUAUCGUCGUUUUUGGCCUGUUCGGAUGCUUUGCUACAUGCCGCGGCAGCCCAUGGAUGCUGAAACUGUAUGCCAUGUUUUUGUCCCUGGUGUUCCUGGCUGAGCUCGUAGCUGGCAUUUCAGGGUUUGUGUUUCGUCAUGAGAUCAAGGAUACCUUCCUGAGGACUUACACGGAUGCCAUGCAGAAUUACAAUGGGAAUGAUGAGAGGAGCCGGGCAGUGGAUCAUGUGCAGCGCAGCCUGAGCUGCUGUGGCGUGCAGAACUACACCAACUGGAGCACCAGCCCCUACUUCCUGGAGCACGGCAUCCCCCCUAGUUGCUGCAUGAACGAAACUGAUUGUAAUCCCCAGGAGCUACACAACCUGACCGUGGCUGCCACCAAAGUUAACCAGAAGGGUUGUUAUGAUCUGGUGACCAGUUUCAUGGAGACUAACAUGGGAAUCAUCGCUGGUGUGGCGUUUGGAAUUGCAUUCUCCCAGUUGAUUGGCAUGCUGCUGGCCUGCUGUCUGUCCCGGUUCAUCACGGCCAACCAGUAUGAGAUGGUGUAAGGAGAAGUCUUUCAAGAACGGCGGAAUAAGAGACCUGUUUUAAAAAGGAACUUCAGCAAUCUUUGAAAGACUUCCAAAGAAUGUUAGAGCACAGUACAUAAUACACCUGCACCCGCACCCCUUUACCCCACCCCACCCCCAGCGUGCAGCCAACACUCCCACAUAUUCUCUGCUCCACCCUUCAGCCCACGUCAUGUGUAGCGUUCCAUUUUGUGAAGCCCCAUUGUGCCACAGAGUAUAGCCAGGUUCCCCUGCAGCUCGUCCUAGUGGAUCCCACUCUUGAGGCCCUGUGUGUGCCAGCUCCUCCAUCUGUACUUGGUCCAACUGCAGCUCAUCAUAGGUGACUGGUCAUUGUACCAUCACUGGCCCCAUUGGGCCCUGCAUGUAGUGUGGGAGGCUCCAGUUAGCCCUUUACCAUGAUCGAUAAAUGCCACACACCUUAUGUAGUAGAUAAGCAGACUAUAGAUAUCUGUUCUUUUGGCUUAAUCUCAUUUGGUUUGGUUUUCCCUUUACUAAGGCUCUUUCCUACCUUCUUCAGACUGCCCAGAACAUGUAAAGAAAUAGAUCGGCAUUGUCCAUGAGGAGACAGAAGCAUGAAGGCAGUUGUUGUUGAGCUUUAGUUGGCCUCCUUGCUUGUUACUGUUAACAUGCCUGGGUAUGUAUAGACAGUUUAGUCCACCUGUAUAAUCCUGUUAUCAAGUUGUGUUGUUGCUUCCCGUGAAGGUAAUGAUAUUACUUUUGUUUUUUCCCAGUUAAUUGCUAUCGUGUUAUUUCAGUUCUUCUUUCCAUAUAUUUUCUUGCAUUGACAUUACAGACAUUGAGGACCUCAUCAGGUCAAUAUAUAAAUGAGUGUGAGGGGAGAAUAAAAGUCAAAAUAUCUUAAAAAGAACUUUAAAAAUAAUGCCUCUGUCUAGCAUGCCAACAAGAAUGCAUUGAUAUUGUGAACAUUUGUGAUACAUGUAUUAAUAAAUAGAGCCAUUACAAA